AAUUUUCCUUUAGAUCGUCUUUUCAACCGAAAUCGCUACACAGGGAAACGGAGUAAUUCUCCUGAGGUAAUCUCUUAGGGUAGAGUUAAGUAGUCGAAAAGUCGUCCAAAAUGGUGAACAUUCCGAAGGAACGCCGCACGUACUGCCCAGGCAAGAAGUGCAAGAAGCACACCAAGCACAAAGUCACGCAGUACAAGACUCAGAAGAAGUCUGGUUUCGCCCAGGGAGAUCGUCGUUAUAACGCCAAACAGAAGGGUACCACAAUAUACUUUUAGAUUGAUCGUCGUUAGAAUGCCAGAAAAAAGGGUACUAUUUUCGAUUCAUUUUUCGAACCAGCACCAAGAUGAUGCGUGAUUUAGGUGAUAGUCUCAGUAGGUAUUGCACAGACGCACUCCUUACUCCAGAUAGGCUGCGUGAUUUGUACGAUCUUUAGAAGAUGCGACAUGAAAUCUAAAUCCUUCAGUCUGGCGUUUUUUCAGAAAGGCUUUUAGAUCCUAGAAGAGUAAUACAACAGCUGCAUCGGGCACUUCAGCAUAGUAUUCUAUCAAUACCAAUUCUCACUUUGCACAGGUUUCGGUGGUCAGACCAAGCCGGUCUUUAGAAAGAAGGCCAAGACGACCAAGAAGAUCGCCUUGAAGUGGGAGUGCACCAAGUGCAAGCACAAGCGCACUGUCCCGAUCAAGCGUUGCAAGCACUUCGAGCUCGGUGGUGAUACCAAGAAGAAGGCUGGUGAGUCUCAGUUCGGAGGAAAGUACCGUUAAUUUGUCGAGUCGCUGGCAGACAUAUCUUCUUUUGUAUUCGACCAUUUUUAUGCCUCCGCAGAAGCCGAGACAGCGUUUUCGCUUUGAAGCUUCUCGACGGUGGUUUUAGACGACGGGCGAGGACGACAACAACAUUCAGUGGGUCGAUAAGCAGUUUUCUAGGUGAGGUUGGGAGUCUGAUUUCUCUACCGUACACUCAUGAAUCAGGGACUGCCGGAAGGGACAACUCAACGACUACUGAUAUGAUCAGAAGCUGACUACUCUCUCAGAGAACCACAAAACAUCCGGUGGACGCGCA